CCGGUCAGCGCAGCCUCCGGGGGAGGGGAGGGUGUUACGGAGCGAGCGCGGCCGGGGGUUUCACAGCGGCCGCUGCUACGCCAGAGCCGGCGGGGGCCUCAGAUCCUUGCCAGCGCCGCCGCACGGGACAUCGCUCUGGCUGGAAGCGGCGGUGGGAGCUACCGAGGGCGCCGGGUCUUCCCUCCUCUCCCGCGGUCCUCGGUUCACCCGCACGCCCCACCUCCUCAGCUCCCCUCCCUCUGCUCUCCGCGCCUCCCCCAGCCCCCCCGUCUCCGUAGGUCGAGUGGUGCGGCCCGCCUCCAGCUGACCGGCCUGGAAUCCCGGCUCGGAGCCCCGGACUCGCGCCCGCCCGCGCGCCCGCUCCCUCCCCCUCCCCCCGCCCCGAGCCCCCCGACGCCGCCGCCGCCGCCGCCUCCUUCUAGCGGGGCCCAGGCCCAGCCGCUGCCACCGUCGCCGAGCUCCGACGCCGCCGCCGCCGCCGCCGAGCACCAUGGGAGACGCCGGGAGCGAGCGCAGCAAAGCGCCCAGCCUGCCGCCUCGCUGUCCCUGCGGCUUCUGGGGGUCCAGCAAGACUAUGAACCUCUGUUCCAAAUGCUUUGCUGAUUUUCAAAAGAAACAACCAGACGAUGAUUCCACUCCAAGUACAAGUAACAGCCAAUCAGAUUUGUUUUCUGAAGAGACCACCAGUGACAACAACAAUACCUCGAUAACCACACCAACUCUUAGUUCCAGCCAGCAACCGCUUCCGACAGAACUGAAUGUAACUUCACCAAGUAAAGAGGAGUGUGGGCCAUGCACAGAUACAGCUCAUGUCUCGUUAAUCACACCAACCAAAAGAUCCUGUGGUACAGAUUCACAGUCUGAGAAUGAGGCCUCGCCAGUGAAACGGCCACGACUACUGGAGAGUACUGAACGCCCCGAGGAAACCAGCCGAUCCAAACAGAAAAGCCGCCGUCGGUGCUUCCAGUGCCAAACCAAACUGGAGCUGGUGCAGCAGGAGUUGGGAUCCUGCCGCUGUGGUUACGUGUUCUGUAUGUUACAUCGCCUCCCCGAGCAGCACGACUGUACGUUUGACCACAUGGGCCGCGGCCGAGAGGAAGCCAUCAUGAAAAUGGUGAAACUGGACCGGAAAGUGGGGCGCUCUUGCCAGCGCAUCGGGGAGGGGUGCUCCUGAAGGCCGGCUCAGCCGCCACGUGACGCUGUUCUUAGUUCACUAAUGUUAGCCUUAUUUAGGACAAAGUCAGCCAGACACCUUGUACUGGGCACGCGUCAGACUACAGCCAGUCCGUUUCCUUUCCGUAGCCAGCCAUCCUGGUACUGUAGUUUAGGGGUUGAUGGUGGUUGAAAUUGAUUUCUGGCUGGUUACUAAGGUGCCUGCUAGCCAUUGUAUAAAAUUAAAACAUGAAGAAUAUUUUUUUUUGAGCAUGGCUAGUGGAUUUAAAACAACACAUACCUGUCACUGCUGGAGUCAAACUUAUAAAAAGCCUUAAGCGGAAAGUGUUCCCGAUGGAGACUCUGAGUCAAUAGAGGAGGAGAAGCUGGUGUUCAAGUCCCCACGACGCACGUGGCUUCGCCGGAAACUCUGGUUAGUGUUCGGCCUUCACCUCUUCACUGUCCUUAGUCCCAGUAGCCAGGAUACCUGGUGGCCACAGGAGGCUGCUGAGAUUGGCCCCGAGACUGGGCUGGGCUGGGCGGUGGCCUCACUCUCCCACUGAGCAGGAAAUGGGGGUGGGGGCAGGUUCUUAAGAAAAUUUUUUACCUGACUUGCUACACAAAGCUCUCUCAUCACACAAGAAGAGAAACAGUAACCUCACUUUGAAAAUUAGCUCCACUCAAGACUAGCCCACGAAUGACACCCACCUUUUCUGCACAGGACCCCUGGUCCUAAGGAGCAACCGGGGCUGCCCCCUGAACCCGGUUUGCCAUUUGCCGAGUGCAGGGAUCUGGCAGUUGAUCAAAUAAGGCUAAUCGCAGCACAGCGACUGUGGCCUACAGACCGGCCUCUGCAGCUGGAUUUCUGUAAUGGGAGUUUUGUUAAAAGAUGCUUCAUAGCCGACAGGAAUCAACAGAGGUGCUGGGGAACCUUCCAGCAGCAGCCUGCUCACCCGCUGCAGGGCUGGGAGGGUGACGCCUUGGCCUCACCACCUAUGUCUGCGCGGCCCGUAGUCCCGGCACAACUCUCUGUGUCUGCCCUCGUGCCGGUUUGGUGAGGGAGGCAGCGUACGUCACAGGGACGGAGGUUGAUCUGUCUGGACAGCGGUUUGUGGCCGUGGCCCAGCUCGAGAAGGACUUUUGCUCAGGUGGCUGGGGUCGGGGCAGGGGAUGUCACUCGGCGUCGCCUCUUCUGGGGCCGAGAGGAGUUGAGCAGCACAGUAGCUCUGGCAGGUGGGGUGGGCGGAGGCGGGCCUGUUUGCCCGGGUUAGGAAAUCGUCGCCUGGUCUGAGCCCCAUCUGACCCGGGCCAGCGAGGGUCAGCGGCUCCUGCAGAGGCUACACACAGGCUACUGGAAUAGUUUAACCCAGCAACCUUCCCCUUUAUACCACAACAAAUGUUCCUUCAACUCUGCCUGCAAAAUAAGUUGAUACCUACAACUACACAUUUUUGGUCUGAAGAUACUAAACUAGGAACCUAUGCUUUUCCCAACCUCCUCUCCCUCCCACCCCCACCAGAGUGGAAUCCGCUGCAGAAUCUCCAGCCUUAAUUCUUGCUUCAGGACCCAGACCAGUGUCUUGCUCUAGGGCAGCCAAGGGCAGAGGGGCCAGGUCUGCCCUGUUUACCACUGUUGUCAAGCCACGGCCCUCUGGCCAGUACCUGGCCAUCCUCAGUGAGGUGGCCCGCCUCACCCCCCGCCCCAAGCUCCCAUCACGAAGAGGCCACCAGGCGCCCUUCCGGCUGCCCCUCCUCAGGCCCUGCCGCUGCUGCGCCCAGGCAGCCUCGGGAAGCAGGCUCUCUGGGGAGCCCGGCCGCACCCAGGGCUGGCGGCCCGUCCACUUCCUGACGGUAGAGCUGGGGGGGUGGGGGGAGGGUUUGUUCCCCUGCAGUAUCUGUUCUGUGAAGUUUGUUAAAUGUAAGGAAAGCUUAAAUUCUUGUAUCUUUAAAAGAGAAAAUCUUAUUUAACCCUUUUGUGUUCUAGAUUUACUUACACACAUAGCCUAGAGCUCAGUUUUAGUUUUAACAUUGUGAAAAUAUUAAAAGAAUCUUGUAACUUUAUUCUUUUUUCUCCUGCUGAAAAAAAUUAAACCAAUCCUAUGAAA